UCGUACGACACAAACAGCGCGUGUGUGACUGAGAAGAGCCGUUUACUUGCACGCAAAGAAGCGCGCUUUGCAACUGUGCAAACUUGGAGAGCACACGAACAGCCAGACAGGACUGAACUUCUCUGCACGAACGAACUGGACAAUUGUCGGGACUCUAUGGUGCGUUAUUGUAGAAACUCCCAAAAACUGGACUAUAUAAAGGUGUUUUUUAUUUAUUUUUUUAAAUAAAAAUAAAAACUGGCUUGAAAAAACGGUUAAACUGGAGAAACAAGUAGCCUAAACUAUUGAUAAAGCGGUGCACGGUAAAUAUAAAGACAUCUGCAAUGAGUUCAAAUCUAGCCUGCCAUGUCAACAGAGAGCAAAGAUAGGUAAACAUGGAACUUCCACGUUAAGAGAAAGUCGUUGGAUGAAGCAGAAGAGCAAUGUGGCAAAAUUACAAGCUGAACAGGAGUGCAACAGUGAGGCUCUGGAUCGAGUGAAUGUGAAAUUUACCUGGACUCUAUCAAAGAACAGAAUCUUCAAACUUCGCCUGGUGAACCUGUCAUCCGUCAUUUAUUGCUGUUCAUAUAACUGCCUCUUCACGUGCUGUUCGGCAGCGCCAGCCGCUGUAUAGAAGUCUAGGACACGGAGUCUUCUACUCCACUAUCAAUAUUGAUAAAUUGGCCUGAAUAACGAUUAUUAGCACUUUAGAAUCUGAGUAGUCUCGACUACUGGAAUGUCAAUGGAUCUAAAGGCACCGUGACACUACCUGGAUAGCCUAUUUAUAUAUAUAUUUUAAACAUUUGUGGUAAACAGCCUGUUUCACAUAAUUAAUAUUCUAUCCUAAAUUGGAGCACAUGCAAGCCAAAAACCAGAUUAAGGAGCGUCGUCAUCUCUGCACACGGACUUGGUUGCAGAUUUUAAGACCCAAAUUAAAGUAGUGUUUAUUCAAUUUCCUGAGAUUUUUCCCCUUAAUUUUGUCAUUUCGAACCCCGAAGUGGCUCCGCAGUGGUGUUGCGGCUCCUCGUCCGCGGCGGAUCCGGAGAUCGGAGUAUCUGCAGCGGGAGGAGGCAGUAGUGGAACCCCUGUUCCAGCGCAGGGUCCCAAAACCGGUCGGGUGAAAAGAAUGGUUCGGCUAGCAGCAGAGUUACUAUUGCUAUUGGGACUACUUCUCCUGACUUUGCACAUUACGGUGUUACGGAGCAGUCCGCUGCAUUCUGGAAAUGGGACUUUGAACCGAGAUCAAAGCACGCUGCUCCCAGAGAACAGCCUCAAUGCAGAGAGCGGCUCCUCCUCCCCGCUGUUGCCGGGCGACCGCCACCCGGCCACCCCACGCCGGGCGUCCCAGCAGCCCCUGCCCCAGCCGCACCCCCAGUCCCACGCCGGAGCCCUGCAGCGGGACGGGCCGGGGGCCUUCCUGCUGGACCUCCACAACUUCCCCGACCUCUCCAAGGCCGACAUAAACGGACAGAACCCAAACAUUCAGGUGACCAUCGAGGUGGUGGAUGGGCUGGAGGGGGCGGAGCCAGAGAAGGGGCGGAGCAAGGAGAGCAAGCCCAGCUGGGCAUCGCCCAACUGGAGGAACUGGUGGCAGCGGGCGGUCACCGCCCGUCGCCCCGACGACCAGGACUACCGCUACGACGGCAACACGGACGACAGCAACUUUCUUAGACCCCUGGGCGACUGGGACCACAGGGGGUCCCCGGGGGGGGCGAGCAAGGCCCAGACUGAGUACGAUUACAUUGACGGAGAUGGGGACUGGAGUUCCUGGUCAGUGUGCAGCGUCUCCUGUGGCAACGGAAACCAGAAGAGGACCAGGUCAUGUGGGUACGCCUGCACGGCCACCGAGUCCCGCACCUGCGACAUGCCAGGCUGCCCAGGAAUCGAAGAUGCCUUCAGGACGGCUGCCACAGAAGUCAGCAUCCUGGCUGGAACAGAUGGCUUCAAUGCCACAGAGCUGUUUGGCGUUGAUACAGACAGCUGUGAGCGCUGGAUGAACUGCAAGAGCGAGUUCCUGAAGAAGUACAUGCUGAAGGUGGCCAGCGACCUGCCCUCCUGCCCCUGCUCCUACCCCACCGAGGUGGCCUACGGCUCGGCCGACCUCCGCGACCCCGCCGCGGGCCGCGACUUCCGCUGGAAGGAUGCCAGCGGCCCCAAGGAGCGGCUGGAGAUCUACAAGCCGUCGGCGCGCUACUGCGUCCGCUCGGCGCUCUCGCUGGACUCCACCACGCUGGCCUCGCAGCACUGCUGCUACGACGACGGCAUGCGCCUGGUCACCCGCGGCAAGGGCGCCGGCUCGCCCAACCUCAUCAGCACCGAGUUCUCCGCCGACCUGCACUACAAGGUGGACGUCCUGCCCUGGAUCAUCUGCAAAGGGGACUGGAGCCGCUACAACCAGGCCCGACCCCCCAACAACGGGAGGAAGUGCGCCGACAACCCCCCGGACGAGGACUACCACAAGCAGUUCGAGGAGGCCAGGGAGUUCUGAGGGGGGGGGGUGGGGAGAUAGAGGACUGAAGUAGCGGGGAUGGGGAGCUUGGCGAACAAAGUCACCCGCGUUCCUCAGAGACGAUCCCGCCCAAAACAGGAGGGGUGCGGCGUGGCUCCGGGGCGGCUUUCAUUUGGAUAUUACCCAGAAUUCCACAGCGAAACCGAGGCUCCCCCCCCCACCGUGCUGCCCAGUUUAAUUUGAAUUCCUCUCUCCGACAGCAGAAAGGGAACUCCUGUUGGCUUCGGUGACAACGACAAAGCGCUGUCCAACUCUUCAUGCUGUAAUUUCAUAAAUCUUUCAGUGCUAUUCAAAGCAAAACUGUACGCGGACUUAAUUAUAUAACUUCUCUUUGGAAAAUGACUCGUUUGAUAUGUCAAUCAUUGGGCGGACUUCAAAGGGAGGGAUCAUUUUAAUUUGUGUUGCACAAAAGAGAAAAUAAACUUCGCCGAGGACCUUUUUGGACGGCGACUGUUAGCUUCGUCUUUGUCGAGCUUUUAGAUGAUGUCAUAGUGGAAUAUGAGGAGAGUCGAAUGGAGUGAUGUUACCAGUAAGGUGCCAGCUCUGCGAUGAUGUUAAUGCAUUGUUUCCAGGGCAGUUCUCUGACACAAUCAACGGGGGAACGCUGCCACAGUCGUUCAAUUUCAUCUUUUAUGAAGGGAUAUGGCACAUUGAACAGCCAGAGCAGUCUGGGAUUUGCCUGCAAGUUCCUUACAGUCAGGGAGGCAAUGUUAUUUUUUUGUUUUGUUUUUAGUUCAAAAAGUCUGAUCUUGUCCUGGUGCAUUGGUUUGGCUUCAGUAUUCAGGUUCCUAGGCAAGGUUAUAUGCUUGUUUAUUUAGCAUGCACCAUUUUAAAAGAAAUAAUCUACAAGCCUGUUCGUUUUCUUGUAUAAUUAUUAUUUUCUUGCUGGUCCAGGCCCGUUUUUUGCUGUAAGAAAAGAAAUCCCAUUUCCAUUAUUUUUGUAAAGUAUUUAUUGAUCAGUAGUUUCUGUGCAUCUGAUUCAUUGGGUCUGCUUACAGGAUGAGGCCCAUAUUUAGUGUACAUAAAAGGACAUCUGGGCUACAUGCUACAUGUAAGAGGAGGGGCUGCUGGGACAUGAAUGUUUAAAUAAAAACCAUAAAUGGAACUGAACAUUAAAAUGCCCCCAUGCUGUUCUAUACACAUUAUACCUGUGAAACAUUC